AUGUCUGUCGAGGAACUGGAGAUCGACGAGUACGCUUGUCUUGGGAGCGAUGCUCGGUCGCCUGGACAGGUCGGAGAGUUGGACGGAUCUGAUUUCUGCGUUUCCACUGCCGGUUUAUAUACCGAUCCUUUGCAAAAAUCUAUUGAGAUUACCGAAUUAAUGAGUGAAAAAGACAAUAAUAAUAAUAAUGCAUUUUUAUCAAGGGAUAUCGCCAAUUGCGUAUCAAAAAAACUCGACAACCUUGGUGAGAGUAACGGCAAAAAUGUCUGUAAUGACAAUGAGAAUGGCAGCGAAAAUGUUGAUGAACAUGAUGGCGAAAAUAACGGCGAAAAUGAUGAGAAUAAUGACGAUGAGAAUAACGGCGAGAAUAACUGUAAUAAUGAUGAAGAAAAUUAUGAAUAUACGGAAGAAAUUUUGUUCAUGGAGCUUUCUGAUGUUUAA